AUGUCCGGGGCCCCACGCUCCAACCUUGGACUUGUUCCCAGGGACAUGAAUGGUAGCCUUCCAGUUAGUACUACAAAUUCCUCUGGGCCAAGCAUUGGUGUUAGCUCUUUGGUGACCGAUGGCAACUCAUCACUUUCUGGAGGUGCCCAGUUUCAGCAAAGUACGAGCAUGAAUGCUGAUUCGUUCAUGCGCCUUCCUGCCUCUCCGAUGUCGUUUUCAUCCAAUAACAUUUCUGGCUCUUCAGUCAUUGAUGGCUCCAUCAUGCAGCAAAGUCCACCCCAAGAGCAGAUGCAGAAGCGGAGAGCAUCUAGUGUAACAUCACAACCUGUGAUUGAUGCUGCUGCCGCAUUUCAUGCUCAAAAGAAGCCAAGAGUUGAUAUUCGGCAAGAUGAUAUCUUGCAACAACAGUUGAUUCAACAGCUGCUCCAAGGUCAGAGUUCUCUUCAUCUCCAGGGUCAGCAUAACCCACAGCUUCAAGCCUUGAUCCGGCAGCAUAAACUGGCACAAAUUCAGCAACAACAGCAGCAUCAGUUAUCACAACAAUUUCCUCAGCAUCAACAUUCUCAAGUUGGCAUACCUCGGCAGCCACAGUUGAGGCCGCCGCUAGCACAGCCUGGAAUUCAGCUAGCUGGACCUGUUAGGACUCCUGUCGAGAGCGGGCUUUGUUCCCGAAGGUUAAUGCAGUAUUUGUAUCACAAGCGUUACCGGCCAGAUAAUAAUCCCAUAACAUACUGGAGGAAGCUCAUUGAUGAAUAUUUUGCACCACGAUCAAGAGAAAGAUGGUGUGUGUCAUCAUAUGAAAAACCAGGGAAUACCUCGGUUGCUAUUCCACAGACAUGCCCGGGUACAUGGCGUUGUGAUAUUUGUAAUACGCAUUCGGGGAAAGGAUACGAAGACAAUCAACAAUAUUACUUUCUAAGGAAGCCAUUACGCAUCAAGAUUGCAAAUAAAAAGGCUACCUCUGAAAUACUUCCUAGACUCUGUCAAAUUAGAUUUGACCACGGUGUUAAGGAUGAAUAUCUGUUCCUUGACAUGCCGAACGAGUUCCGGUUGCCCAACGGACUGCUGCUCCUGGAGCAUGCUAAAGUUGUUCAGAAGAGCAUCUAUGAACACCAACAUGUCACACAUGAGGGACAACUGAGAAUAAUAUUCACUCCAGAACUAAAAAUUAUGUCCUGGGAGUUUUGUUCACGGAAACACGACGAGUAUGUCACUCGCAAGUUUCUAACAGACCAGGUUACACAUAUGCUGCGUGCUACCCAGAAUUACCAAGCUACUGUCACUAAAAAUGGUCCUGCUGGCCUAUCGAACGACGAGGCACAAAACGCUUGCAACCAGUUUGCAUCAGCAUCACGACAACUAGCGAAAAAUAUAGAUCACCACAGCCUAAAUGAGCAUGGACUUUCUAAAAGAUAUGUUCGCUGUUUGCAGAUAUCAGAGGUGGUGAAUCACAUGAAGGAUCUAAUUGAGUUCAGCCACAAGAACAAGCUCGGCCCUAUAGAGGGCCUGAAGAACUAUUCCAAACUAACUGCUGGACCAAAGCUCACGGUGCAGAAUUUGCAUGACUCAAAGGCGGUCAAAACAGAAAUAAGCCCCCAUGUGAAUAACGAGGUUCCAGGUGUUGGAGCAAUUAGUAAUAAUCCGCAGAAUCCUGCAGCACAAAGCAAUUACCAACAUAUGCUGAGAAGCUCAAGUGCAAAUCAGUUGCUUCAGCAGGAGGCAUCACAGAAUGCUGCGGCAAUGAACAGUUACCAGAAUAUGUUUAGAAGCUCAAGCGCAAAUCAGGGCUUGCUCCAGCAGGAGGCAUCUCAGAAUGCUGCUGCGCUAAACAAUUACCAGAAUAUGCUUAGAGGCUCAAGCCUGAAUCAAAGUUUGCUUCAGCAGGAGGCAUCGAGUAUCUUCAAAGGUCCUACAGCAGUGCACAGUGGCAUUCAGCUGGAAGCAUCUAGGUCGUUCCGUGCGGCUCAGCUUGGGCAAUUCCAGCAUCCCAUGUCGUUCCAGCAAGGUAUGUCCCAGCACCAGCAUAACAAUUUCCAAGGCCUGGGCGCUAGUCCACAAUUCCAGCAGCAUGUGAUCAAUCAGCUGCUGCAAGAAGCCAAGAACACCAAUAGCCGCGCUCUUGCUCAUCAGCAACAACAGCAGCAGCACCAUCAACAGCAGCAGCAGCAGCAGCAGCAGCAGCAGCAGCAGCAGCAACAUCAACAGCAACAGCAGUCUCCUAGCACUCCCAAUGCAAAUGGUGGUCUUGCAUCUGGAGCCGCGGUCGCCAACACCGCUGCUAGCGGAGAGCAGGCACAGCACAUGAAUAAUGGCACAGCAAAGGGUGCUGCUUUGAUGGGUAUGACGGGGCCUAGUAAUCUGAUCAACAGUGGAGCUGGCAUGGUCCAGCGAAGCAGCAGUUUCAAGUCAGUGAGCAGCAACCCGGCCGCUUCUGGUGGCAAUGCGGCGACCCCAAAGGUGGAGUCUGUGCAUGACAUGGACGACCUGGAACAUCUCAUCUCCCACGAACUUGUGGAGAGCGGUCUGUUCAUGGGGGAGCAGCCGGGGGACGGUGGCUUCUCGUGGAACAUCUGA